GGCUAUACUCUUUCAUCAGAAAAUACGACAAUUUUAAGUAAUUGGAGAUCGUAGACGAAUCAAACACACCUCCAAUGCUUGUCAGCUCGGAAGAUUGUGAAAGAUGAAUGCGCCACCGACAUUUGAAUCGUUUCUCUUGUUUGAUGGAGAGAAAAAAAUAACAAUAGAGAAGGACACCAAGGUACCAAAUGCAGCAAUAUUCACAGUGAACAAAGAGGAUCAUACCCUAGGGAAUAUGAUUACUGCCCAGCUCAGAAAAGACCCUCAGGUGCUGUUUGCUGGAUACAAGAACCCCCACCCCUUGGAGCACAAGUUUGUCCUGAGGGUUCAGACCACAUCAGACUACAGUCCCCAGGAGGCCAUAACUCACGCUAUCACCGAUCUCAUCUCAGAGUUCUCCUUGCUGGAGGAGAGAUUUAAGGAGGCAGUUCGUGAGAAGCAAGAAGGAGACAUGAUAUAAAGAGUUAGCAGAAAUAGAUACAACGAUUUUUAAAUUCGAGUUCAAAAAACAACUCACUCUUAUAAGAGACUGAUUGGUUUAACUUAGGUUUUGAGGACCAAGUAUACUAGUUUGUGAAUGGGGAACUCAAAGACUGUAAAACUACACAAGUACAGGGUUCCAGAUCUGGAAUGUCCGUGUCAUGUUUACAAUACAUGUUUGUACCAUUAGUUGUUGAGAGCAUGGAUGUGAUGACUUGUUGUAUUGUGAGUUUGUGUCUGACAAAAGAGCUGAGGUUUUGUGUGCGUCUGAUAAAAAGAGAUACGAGCGUUGCAAGAACUAUGAGUCUGUUAGAAUAUUGUAAUAUUGCAAUUGUUUGUGUGUUUAAUAAUCUGUGUGUGUGUCUUGUGUUGGUGUGUAUAGAUGGUUAAGAAAUGUGAAAGAAUUGAUAUGCAAAGUUUUGUAUCUGAAUAAAGGUGAGCGUGUUAAUAA